AUGGCCCGCUUCGGGCUGGGCCGGUGGCUGCUGUGGGGGCUGCUGGGCGCGGGGCUGGGCGCCCUGGACUGCGGGGCGGCGGCGGCGGCGGCCUCGAGGCUCAACGGCAGUGCGGCGGCGGCGGCGGCGCCGUCGGGCCGGGGCGAGGAGCGGUGCAAGCGCGCGGCGCCGUGCGAGGCGCUCCAGCAGAGCGUGUGCCUGGGCUCGCCGCUGCCCUACGCCGCCACCUCCACCCUCCUGGCCGGGGACUCCAGCUCGCAGGAGGAGGCGCACGACAAGCUGCUCCUGUGGUCCGGUUUACGAAAUGCCCCCCGCUGCUGGGACGUGAUCCAGCCCCUCCUCUGCGCCGUGUACAUGCCCAAGUGUGAGGAUGGCCAAGUUGAGCUGCCCAGCCAGACCCUCUGCCAAGCCACCCGGGGACCUUGCACCAUCGUGGAACGAGAGCGGGGCUGGCCAGACUUCCUCAAGUGUACCACGGACCGCUUCCCUGAAGGCUGUCCGAAUGAGGUCCAGAACAUCAAAUUCAACAGCUCAGGGCAGUGUGAAGCCCCCCUGGUCCGGACGGACAACCCCAAGAGUUGGUACGAGGACGUUGAAGGCUGCGGCAUCCAGUGCCAGAACCCGCUUUUCACCGAGAAGGAGCACCGUGAAAUGCACGUCUACAUCGCCUCCUUCAGCUCCGUAACCAUUUUCUGCACCUUCUUCACCUUGGCCACAUUCCUCGCUGACUGGAAGAACUCGAACCGGUACCCGGCGGUCAUCCUCUUCUACGUCAACGCCUGCUUCUUCAUGGGGAGCAUUGGAUGGCUGGCGCAGUUCAUGGACGGGGCCCGCAGCGAGAUCGUGUGCCGUGCCGACGGGACCAUGCGAUUGGGGGAGCCCACCUCCAACGAGACCCUCUCCUGCGUGAUUAUCUUCGUCAUUGUGUACUAUUCCUUGAUGUCGGGCGUGAUCUGGUUCGUCAUGCUCACCUAUGCCUGGCAUACAUCCUUCAAGGCGCUGGGGACCACCUACCAGCCGCUGGUGGGGAAGACCUCCUACUUCCACCUGGUCACCUGGUCCAUCCCGUUCGUCCUCACCGUUGCCAUUUUGGCGGUUGCCCAGGUUGAUGGGGACUCUGUCAGCGGCAUUUGCUUUGUGGGCUACAAGAAUUACCGCUACCGAGCCGGCUUUGUCCUAGCCCCCAUUGGCCUAGUACUGAUCAUCGGUGGCUAUUUCCUGAUCAGAGGUGUGAUGACCUUGUUCUCCAUCAAAAGCAACCACCCAGGUCUCCUGAGCGAAAAAGCCGCCAGUAAGAUCAACGAGACCAUGUUGCGCCUUGGAAUCUUCGGCUUCCUGGCGUUCGGCUUUGUGUUCAUCACCUUCGGGUGCCACUUCUACGACUUCUUCAACCAGGCGGAGUGGGAGAGGAGCUUCCGGGAGUACGUCUUAUGUGAGGCCAACGUGACAAUCGCCGCGCAGACCAACAAACCCAUCCCUGACUGCGAGAUCAAGAACCGGCCCAGCCUGCUGGUGGAGAAGAUCAAUCUCUUUGCCAUGUUUGGGACGGGGAUUUCCAUGAGCACCUGGGUGUGGACCAAAGCUACCCUCCUCAUCUGGAAGCGCACCUGGGGCAGACUGACAGGCCAGAGCAGCAACGAGCCCAAGAGGCUGAAGAAGAGCAAGAUGAUUGCCAAGGCCUUUUCCCGGCGCAAAGAGCUCCAGCACAACCCCAACCAGGAGCUCUCCUUCAGCUUGCGGACUGUCUCGCACGAGGGGCCGGUUGCUGGUUUGGUUUUUGACAUCAACGAGCCAUCGGGAGACAUGUCGUCUGCUUGGGCCCAGCAUGUGACCAAGAUGGUAGCCAGGAGGGGAGCCAUCUUGUCUCAAGAUGUGUCCGUCACUCCGGUAGCGACGCCAGUGCCCCCCAAGGAGCGGGCCAGCUUGUGGCUGGAGGAGACCGAGCUGUCCCCCCGGCGGGAGAAGAAGCUGAGCCGCAAGAAGAAAAAGCGGCGGAAGAAGAAGGAGGUCUGCCCCAUGGGGCCCACCUACGACCUGGACCCCUUCGCCCCACAGCGCCUCAGCUCCGUCCCCCGCCUACCCCAGCUCCCCAAGACCAAGUGCUUUGUCGCCAGUGCCAGGGAAGCUCAGGCCCUGAACGACGUCCUUGCACCCAGGGCCUACCCGGCCUGGCGGCCUGCGGCUCUACCCCAGGAGGACACCUUUUCCAGGGGGCUACCCCCAGAGCACCCAUCUGCCCUCAGCUGCCGGCGGAACAGCACCGCCUUGCCUCCCGUCUGCCACCCCUUCUGCCCAGAUAGCGGCCCUGCGGAGGAGGCGGGACCCGGAAGCGGCGCCUGGUUCUUCCCGGGACGCCGGCAGCCUCUGCCUCGCGGCACCUUCCCCCAGCCGCCACCCAGGAGCGUGGCCCCGGGGCCUGCCUUUCUGAGCGGCACCCCACGCAGGGCUCCGCAGGCCCAGGGACGGCGAGGGGAGCUGCCAGCCCCCAUGCACUCCCGGACAAACCUCAUGGAUGCGGAAUUGCUGGACCUCGAUUCUGAUUUCUAGGAUUUUGGAAAGACCCUUUCCAGAGGACUUUGGGGUUUCUUUUUUGGGGGGGG